AUGCAACAAGCUCAUCGUUCUGGGACUCUAAAACAGAGUAACAAAGCUCAUAAAUCACGUCAUAGAUCAAAACGGGGCAUUUCGGCGGCUGUUAAAGGUAAGGUAAAUGUAAAAGAAAUUGUACGUCGUAAUCGCCAUAUCCUAAAGAAAGAUGAGCGACGUCAUCAAGCUUUACAAAUUCGUAAAAACAAACGGGAUGAAGUUUUGGCCAAAAAACGAGCAAUUGGUGGUAAUAGGAAUCCUCCAUUCUUGAUAUGCGUCGUGCCGUUGAAUGCACAGCUAGAUGUUCAGUCAGCGUUAGUUAUACUAAAAACAUGCUAUGAAGGUGCUACUGUUAGUCAGUCACCGAAUGGUAUUUUACAUGUUGGCUUGCCAAAUUUCAAGCAACGCUUCUCCUUUAUUUGUCCUGAAGUAGACAAUGAAUUCAGUGUACUUGAUGCUCUCAAAAUUGCUGAUACAGUACUGUUUGUUUGCUCAGCUCUUGAUGAACCAGUUGAUGAAUUGGGGGAAAAGGCUCUAGCUUUGUCUAUGGCUCAGGGUAUGCCUACUCCUAUUGUGGUGGCUAUGGAUAUAGAAGGAGUUCAUCCUAAAAAACGAACAAUUGAAAAACAAAAUGUUCAAAAACUUAUUUCCAAGUGGUUGCCUGAAGAGAAAGUUAUGCAGUUAGAUAAGAACUCUGAUGGUUUGAAUAUUUUACGUCGAAUUGGCAACCAGAAGAGGAAUAUAAUCCAUCACAGAGAAAAAAGGCCUUAUAUGCUAGCAGAAGACAUAGAAUAUGUGCCAAAUGCUGAUGAUGACAAUGGCACAUUAAAAAUAAGUGGCUACUUGAGAGGAAUGCCUUUAAAUGUGAAUGGUUUGAUUCACAUAAGUGGUUUAGGAGAUUUUCAAAUGUCUAGAAUAGAUGGUCUAGAAGAUCCACAUCCUCUACAUUUAGGCAAGGAAAACUCAAAGACUGAUACUAUGGAUGCAGAAGUAACAAAAGUUUCAGUAUUACAAGUUGCAGAUCCUGCGAAACAAGAGUCUCUUAUAUCAGAAAAUAUUCCUGAUCCAAUGAAUGCUGAGCAGACUUGGCCAACUGAUGAAGAAAUAAAAGAAGCAAACAUUGAAACCAAGAAAAAGAUUAAAAAAGUUCCCAAAGGCUGGUCUGAUUAUCAAGCUGCUUGGAUUGUAGACUCAGACACUGAAGAUUCACAAGGGUCUAAUGAUGAAAGUGAAGAAAAUGAUGAUAACGAAGAUAAUGAAGAUUUCAUGUCAUGCGAGGAAGACAAUUCUGACCAAGAAGCAAACGAUGACAAUGAUUUUGAGUCUGUUGUUGCAGAAUCUGAAAUUGGCCCCACAGAUGAAAAAUACAAUGAAACUGUAGAUGCUUUUGAAGAAAAUGAAAUGUUAAAAAAGCUAGCAGCAGCAAAGGAAGAUCAGCAAUUUCCCGAUGAAGUUGAUACACCACAAGAUGUUCCUGCAAGGGAAAGGUUUAUGAGAUAUAGAGGCUUAGAGUCAUUUAGAACAUCCUCAUGGGAUCCUAAAGAAAAUCUACCAGAGGACUAUGCAAGAAUAUUUCAAUUUGAAAAUUAUGAAAGAACCAGGCGAAGAGUAUUUAAAGAACUUGAAGAUAGUCUUGAAAAUAUGUAUGGAUUUUACAUAACAAUUCAUGUAAAAGGAGUUCGUCAAGAUCUCUGGAAAGCAUUUCAUGCUGCAAAUCCUAAUGCUCCAAUUUCAGUUUUUGGCCUAUUACCUCAUGAACAUAAAAUGUCCUUAAUGAAUGUAGUUUUAAAGAGGACUGGUGCAUCGGAUGAACCAAUAAAAAGUAAAGAAAGAUUAAUUUUCCAAGUUGGGUAUCGAAGGUUUAUUGUCAACCCUAUUUUUAGUCAACAUACUAAUGGUAGUAAGCACAAGUAUGAAAGGUAUUUCCAGCCUGCUUCAACCUGUGUAGCAACUUUCUUUGCCCCUAUUCAAUUCAGUCCAUCCACUGUUUUAUGUUUUAAAGAAAAGAAAAAUACUAAAUUACAGUUGGUAGCAUCAGGAGUCUUACUGUCAUGUAAUCCUGACAGAUUAGUUAUUAAGAGAAUUGUGCUCUCUGGCCAUCCAUAUAAGGUACAUGAGAGAUCAGCAGUCAUCAGAUUUAUGUUCUUCAAUAGGGAUGAUGUGGUAUACUUCAAGCCAUGUAAAUUAAGGACUAAGUAUGGCCGCACUGGUCAUAUAAAAGAGCCUUUAGGUACCCACGGACAUAUGAAAUGUGUGUUUGAUGGUCAACUGAAAUCUCAAGAUACAGUACUUCUAAAUCUCUACAAGCGUAUAUUCCCGAAAUGGACUUACGAAGACUGCAUUGUAACUGAUAGAGACAAAAAUGAAGCUAUGAUGGAG